CAGAAUUUGGCAUCAAUAUGACUAUAUAUUACAUUAUGCAUAGAACUAGCUAACACUAAUCAAACCCAGUUGAUGAACCAGAUUGAUUCAAAAAGAUGACAAUGGUACCCCGGAAGAUGCAAUCUAGAGCUAUUCGUCAUAUUUUUUCGGCAUCUGAUGACACGGUUAUGACAAAACAAAUCAGCGCCACUCAUGCUCCUAUUGAAGAGCAUGUUGAUGUUAGACCUUUAUUGAAUGUUGUUCAAGACAUUUUUCACCGUGCAACUUCUCUCAUCCCCGACAUCCUUCAGGUAGACGGAAAGCAAACACAAAUGAGUGCCUCAAAGGAAAAUGCCAAUCAAUCCGACUUAUCUGACAUACUAGAGAUUUCUUAUCACACAAUUAACAAAAUUGCAUGCGAGAUAUCUUGCAAAUGUAUGAUGGGUGGUGGAGAUGCUCAUGCAACAACAAUAGGAAUACUUGGAAUGCUAUCAAGCUUUUCAUGGGAUGCAAAAGUGGGGAUAGCAUUAGCAGCAUUUGCAUCAAACUUAGGAGAGUUUUGGCUGGUGGCUCAACUUAAUGCAACCAACCGUCUUGCUAAGUCAGUUGCAUUGUUGAAGCACAUUCAUGAAACAUUGGAGCAAGUGGAUGAUUUGGGACCAAAAUUUGAAACUGUGAACAACCUUCUCAAUGCCAUGUUCGUUGUUGCCAAUUGCAUUGUUGAGUUCCAUGAGCUUCCUUCUCAGUAUAUUGACCAUGAAGCACCUGAAAUGUUGACUGCAUCCACUCUUAUUCCUAGUGCUGUCUAUUGGACCAUUAGGAGUAUUGUGGCAUGUGCAUCACAUAUUUUGGGCAUUAUUGGCUUGGGUCAAGGAUAUAUGACAUCAACAAUAGAGACAUGGGAGCUUUCCAGUUUGACUCAUAAGCUAGAUAACAUGAAUGAUCACCUUCAAAAGCAGCUCACCAUUUGUCAUCAACAUUUAGAUGACAACAAACAGAGAGAAGCAUUUCAAACACUUGAGAUCCUUUUUGAGACAUCACACCAAGAUAACAUUAAUGUUCUCAAAGCUUUGAUUCGCUGCAAGGAUGAUCCAUUGCCACUGUUUGAUGGUUCUACCAAGCAAAGGGUUAGCAUUGAUGUAUUGAGAAGCAAAAUUGUGUUGCUCUACAUAACAGACCUACAACAUAUAUCUGAACAAGAGCUUGUUAUAUUUGGACAAAUGUAUCAAGACUCGCGCCAAGAUUCGACAAGGUUAGAGAGUCAAUACGAACUCGUUUGGAUUCCAAUUGUCGAAAAGGGAACACUGUGGACUGAAUCGAAACAGAGGUUCGAGAGGCUGCAAUCAAUGAUGCCAUGGUACUCAGUUUAUGACCCUUCAGUUUUGGAGGCAGCAACAAUAAGGUAUAUUAAGGAGGUUUGGCUUUUCAACACAAAGCAUAUGCUUGUGGUGUUGGAUCCACAAGGGAAAGUUGUGAACCUUAAUGCAAUACACGUGAUGUGGAUUUGGGGAAGCUUGGCUUAUCCUUUCUCUAGCUUAAAGGAGGAAGCACUUUGGAAAGAGGAAACAUGGGGACUUGCACUUUUGGCAGAUACAAUUGAUGAAUCACUCUUUGAAUGGGUAUCAGCAGGCAAAUACAUAUGCUUGUAUGGAGGGGACGACAUUGAAUGGAUUAGGAAAUUCACAAGCUCCGCAAAAUCAAUGGCAAAAACUCUGCAAAUUCCUCUAGAAAUAAUGUAUGUUGGGAAAAGCAACCCAGGGGAGAAAAUUAGAAAAAUCAACAAAACCAUAAAUGAAGAAAAACUUAGCAACGUACUCGCCUAUCCAACAAUAAAUUGGUUUUUCUGGGUUAGGCUAGAAAGCAUGUGGCAUUCCAAAUUACAACAGGGCAAUACAGUGGAGAAUGACCAAAUAAUGUUAGAAAUAGUGAGAAUCCUAAGCUUUGAUAGCAGUGAUCAAGGUUGGGCUGUGAUAAGUCAAGGAACUGUGAAAAUGACACAGGGAAAAGGUGACUCAUUUUUGAAAUGUGUGGUUGAAUUUGAAGAGUGGAAGGAUAAUGCAAAAGAUAAAGGAGUUUUGGCUGCAAUGGAUGAUUAUAUACAAGGAAUCCAAACACCACAUCAUUGUAACAGGUUAAUACUGCCAGGAGUUGAUGGCAGAACUCCAGAGCAGAUUAUAUGUGCGGAAUGUCGUCAGCCUAUGGAAAAAUUCUACAUGUAUCGCUGCUGCAACGAGUGAAUUGUUGCUAUAGCAUCAAAAAUGCACCAUUAAUAAGUUCAUAAAUAAAAUUAAGUGCUAUAUUGUAUUUACCUUUAACAUUCAAGGGACUGAUAACAUAUGAUAUCUGUAAAUUUGAUUUCAAGAUUAUAUUGACAUAGCUUGAUUUUGUGAUACAGAGUUUGAAAAUAUAUCAUUA